AAUUUCAUUUUAACCAAAGGUAAAUCUUGCCUUAAAACGAAACUCAGGAAUAUAUUUAAUCGCAAAUCUAUUUUAAAUAAUCGAUUAACGAUUUAUGCGAUGCAUUUAGAGAGUGACAAACCUGUCAGUGAAAAUCAGGUAAAAGAUUUUCACUUUACCUUUAUCACAUAGGUACCACCAAAACUUUUCACUGGCAUAAUGUUCAUACCGGCUGUAUGAUAGUGGUGUGAUCUCGAUAAGAAAGAAAUUAGGCGAACCUUUGCUCAGGAUUCUUUCCUUACUAAUACAAUCCAAAUUCUCCUCGCUAAAAUUACCUAGCUCAAUAGAUUCGAAUAUUAUGACUGUAGUAUGAAUGGAGCGAAAGGAGAUUUCAUCACUGUAUAGACAACCCGAAGUCUCACCUCUCUACCCAGUUGAGACAUCCACAAACAGUCCUCCCACAACUUAUCCGUCUUCAAGUACCAAGGUCGUGCGGUCUUUUCGCACAUCCGUCAGUCAAAAGCUCACACAUCUUAGCUCGAAUGGCGUCAACAAGAACAAGAGUAGUUCCAAACGACCACCCAAUACCAAGUGUCCUUUGCAAAGGCUCCACCGAAUCACGAGUGUUUCGAUAAACCUUAAAAAACCAUGGCGGAAAAACUUCAAGAGCAAAGAAAGGAUGACUGACGGAAUUAUUGAAUACAUGAAUAAGCAUCCAGAGAAAGAGUCCUUUUUGAAAAACUCAAAGAAGUCUGAAAAUUACGUCCGCUUCAGCAGUGAAAUACCAAACGGGCACUCUGACAUCUCCUCAACCCACGUCACCCGGCGAAUAGAUAUCCAUCACACGCAAGGAGCGAAACUGUGCCAAACAGUUCAAAGUCAAACUCAUCCGUCUAUCACACGGCACUUGCGGUGCUUUCCAAAAAUUUUGGCGUCACCAGAAAGCUGCACAAAUUUGCUCACAAGAUGGACUAUAUCUCUUUGCGGACUCACCAUUAUCCUCUGUUUGUGGACUUUCUUGAACGCACUCGUACUGAAUGUGGCGGAAGAACCUCAAGGAAAAUGUCAGAGAGAUAACUUCAAAAGGCGGGAGAAUGAUUUGAUGGUUGAACUUGCUACUGAUCUAAGAAAAGUAAUCCCUCAGGAAUCUGUUUGGCUUCAGACGAUUAAAAAGUAUGUAAACAAACAUCAAGAAAUCCUGGUUCAAUUUAACAUGAGCACUGGAUCACAGACUACUUGGAGUCUAAGCGAUUGCCUCCUGUUCUUUUACACAUUUUUGACAACGUUCGGGCUGAGGCAACUGCCAAUUCCGACCACAACUCCAGGUAAACUUUGCGUGGCCAUUUUCACGGUCGUCGCUUUCCCUUUACAUAUCGUUAUUAUCAUGAACACCGGCAGUAUUAUCGCCUCAAAAAUAACUCGAAAUAUCUCGUCAUCUUCAGAGGUUGUCUCAAACGGAAAAGGCGCACAGGCGGAAUCGUACAAAAUGAAGAAAACCGAUUUAGAAGAGCAGUUUUUGAAGGUCCUCCCUUUCGCUGCGUUCGGCAUCUACUACCUGUGUGGACUUGUGACUUUGGGCGCCUCUAGAUCGCUACCAUUUCCAGAGAUCCUCCUCUUCCCGCUCGACCUGACUCCGGGGCCUUUCUCCAAAGAGAUGUUGGAAGUUCUCUUCGGAAUUUAUCACGAGUUGGGUUUCCUCCUCACCCUCACCAUUCUAGCUCUCUUCAAAAAAUUGCUCGGUGACAAUGUCUGCAAUCAUCUGUCUAAACUUGGUGUAUUUGUUUUUGAAUGAUAAAACACAACAGUAUGUCACUUUGAAAAAAAAGAGGAAAAAUAUGAGACCUUCAAGUAUUUUUAAAUAUAAAACAAGAAAAUAACACGAGGAUACUUGGUCCGAACUGUAUGUGACAAGGUGGUAAGAUAGUGCUGGGUCCAUGCUAUUUUCGAGGGAAAACAGGGCUAAAAAUUUCAAUUAGAGACAAAAUUUUUUUGGCCUUGAUUUCCCCGGAAAGUAGUGUGAACCUAGCACUCUUUUACCACCUUAUGCUUUAAAAAAAUUGAUUGUUCUCAGACAAUGUCAUGCAAGCAUGGUAAAAUUGAGGACACCGCACCAAGAACAGCCUAUAACUUGAAACCGCGUUUUGA